AGAAGCGGCAGAAUAGAAUAGAAGAAGCAGGAAGAUGGCGCAGGACGUGUCUGGGGCUAAAUUCACUUUUCAUCCCCUUGAGCACCGAACAUUUAACUUUUUGGAUAACAGAAGCAGCCGGGAGCUGCUGACCAAGUGAUUCUGUGAAUACGAGUCAUGGUUGGAAGAAGACAGAGAAGAAAAGGAAAGAGAUCGGCUCCAAGAAGACUCUUCCCGUCAGAAAAGUGCAAACAAAAGAUUCCGCCCACCAUGCAUGAAUAGUUCAGCUGAUAUGAGGAAGUAUCUGCUUCUGGCUUGUCAUUGUUAUUUGGUGCAAGUCACUUUGCAUAUGGCAGUUUCCCAAAGAGAUCUGGAGCGCUGUUUUUACUCAGUGACCGAGAUUACAAGCUGUAACACUACAAUAUCUCCUAUAAAAUGGACAGACGCAGAAUAGGACAUUUUCAGGAUUUGGAAUAGUGAAGUAUUUUCCAGACUGAUCAUCCAGGAAGUCACUUCUUGUUUAUUGCCCGACAGACUGGCUGAUGCUGGUGCGUACAACCAUGGCACAGGUGAGGACCUGGAUUGAACCAAUAGUUGUUGCAGCUCAGCUGGCCAGCUCCUUCUAUGACCCGGCACUGCUUUUUGUGGUAAAAAAUUACUACAAUAAAUCUAGUGUAUCUCUAAAUACCUCAGAUAGCGACACACUACAGAAAUCCAUAUCAAACUUCUACAUCAUCCACAACUUCAUCUUGGGACUGGCACCUUUAUUUUCUGCUUAUAUUUUGGCAAAAAUUGGUGAUCGGCAGAGAAGGAAGGUUACUAUAUGUGUGCCACUAUUUGGGUACUUGCUAUCCCGAAGCUUUUUGUUGCCAGUCAUGUUGCUGGACUGGCCAAUUGAAGUGAUGUAUGGGUCUGCUGCUUUGAAUGGUUUAACCGGAUGGUUCACAGCCUAUUGGGCCGGUGUAAUGGCCUGGGCUUCUGAAGGUUCCUCGGAACAAAAACGUUCUCUGAAGUUCAUUGUCAUUGAGCUGGUAUAUGGAAUAGCUGGUUUUAUUGGUAGUUUGGCCUCUGGACAUAUAUUUCGGAGUGUGAACAUUUCAAGUCAUCAAGGUACAACCCUAGUAAUGUGCAGCCUUUUACUUUACCUUUUCUGCUUAGUAUAUGCUAUUUUUGUACUAAAAGUACCCCAGAAGGAAACUUCUGCACUUGUAGAUCAUGGACAAGUGUCCUCUGCAGAACCUACUGAAAAUUCGAAACUACUGGGAGAAAUAGGUGAAGAAUCAUCAGUGAAUUCCACAUCUUGGACACCGUCACGAGGCUUCAUUGCACUUCUUUUUGCAAGUGCCAUAAUGUACAAUAUUUCUGUUGAUGGAUCUGUCGAUGUACUCUCUUUAUUUUUGCUGAACAAACCACUUAACUUCAGCCCUGAAUACAUUGGUUAUGCUAAUGCAGCUGGCUACAUGGUAUUUAUCACCAGCUUUCUAGCAGUGUUCAUUUUAUCCAGGUGGUUAAAAGAUGUCACACUGAUUGUGAUUGGCAUAGUGUCCUUCUCUGCUGGAACAUUCAUCCUGGCAUUUGUGCGAUGGGCAUUCUUAUAUUUUAUAGCCCGUGGGGUAAUGAUGUUUGCACUAAUACCACUUCCAACUAUAAGGUCUGUCUUAUCCAAACAUAUACAAGGAUCAUCCUAUGGUAAAGUAUUUGUUGUCCUCCAGUUAUCAUUAGCCAUUUCAGGGUUGUUGACAUCAGUUGCGUUCAAUAAGAUUUAUCAAGUCACUCUGGAAACAUUUAAUGGAACGUGUUUUAUUAUAUCUGGGAUUUUAGCAAUUAUCAGCCUCAUUCCUAUCAGUGUUUCUGCAUAUAAAUAUUCAAGGUUUCAUUAGGAGGGCAUCAGAAGAGAGUGACCAGAAAAUAUUCGAUUAUAUAAAUACUGUACUGUAAAUUCCCUUUUCAAGUAUAUUUCUAUGUAUGCAUUACGAUGUGUUCUACUUAUAAAAAAAAACGAUAUAUAAUGGAAGGAAAAGGUUAUUCCAAACAUCAGAAUAAAAGUAAAUGUCUGAUGCUAGAUGUAUGCAAGGCGCAUAGGGGUGCAGAAAUAGCACUAGUGCCCUGUUGCCUGAGGAGGCCUAAUGUCCCACAAGAAGACACCAGUAUUAUAAAUGGCACAUGGUAGACAUGGGGCCCUGUAGCGAAUAAUGCAUUGGAGUCCAGAAACUAAAAGUUACGCCACUAGUCCUAAGGUAAAUAUUUGACUCUAAAAGAACAAUUACUUUCCUUUUAUAUUGCUCCAAAAAGGACACUUUUCAUUUAAAAAAAAAAGCUUUACCACAGCAUCAUAAAGGGUGGGUCCAUUUACUGUACUGCCGUCCAAUCCAGUCCUUCUGUGUUUUUCAAGGAAAAUUUAAAGUCUUAUCAGACACUAGCCAUUGUUGGAUGGAGUAAUCUCCUGCCUUGCUUCACUGCAUAAUGGACCACCAUACGUGUUGCCAUUUUAUGUUAUGGGACAAAACUAUUAUGUGUAAGUAGAGUGGGUGGUAUAUAAUAUUCCUGUUUUGUUGUAUGUAUAACUACCCCCCUAACUACCCUCCUAACUACCCCCCUACUCUGUACAUCCAUAUUGGUUGUUAUUCCCCUGAUGUGCACAUUUUUUGUAUGGAUUUUAGGGCUCAUUGACAUAUGUGCGAGUAUUUAUACUUACAUUGUGUUAGGUGGUAUGGAUUCUGGAUAUCUUUUAUAGUAUAUCCUAUGUGUAACCAUAGAUCUGUACAAAAAUUCCCCUGAGGAUGUCUCCAUAUUUUACACUACUGUUAGGAGAACAGAAAUAUGUUUGGAUUAUGUAUGUUACAGAUUUUCUUUAUUGUUGUUAAUACAAUUUUAAUACUAGAUCCAGUUACAUUUGUUACAUCUAUCUAUGUAUAUAGUUUAAAACUCUUUAGUACCUUUAGGAUAGGGGUUCACACUACUUCUUCUGAUGGUUUUUAUACUUAUCAAUAUAGGAAGGCUUUUACGCCACCUCUGAUUUUCUUACUAGUUUAUACUGAGAGGUUUACAUUUUGGCAGUCAUAUAGCCAGACUUUAUACACGGAAGAGUUAAGUCCGCUCCAUACCCAGCAGCCCCUGGCUGAUAUUCUGACUGGUGUUAAAUAAAAAAUAAAUAAAUAAACAUAUUUUGAAUCGCCAUGUGUGAAAAUUGUCUGAACUAUCAGGAUAUUACAAAAAAUACAUAGAUUCUUGUAUAAGAUCCUAAGCCAGUCACAAUGUGGCAAAAUAGUGGAGGAAAGCCCAUCUUGUGAACUUUUGGAAAGAAGUGGAUAAUAAUAUGGUUGUCUAGUUUCUAGGUUACAGUACCAAUACUUUACCCCAAUCCAGCGCAUGCAGCCAUAAUUUUACCUCAGUGAGGUUGUCACAAUAUAGGACCCUACCUGGCAACACAGUUGAGUCCCAGGGAGGGUUGUAUAUUUAACAGUGCUGAGACAACCCCUUUAAGAUUUCUUCCACAAGCUCCUGGUUGGGUUGGAUGCAGCUAUUAAGUAUGUGUCCAGCAUCAGAUAACAUUGCUAAAUUGUGUUCCCACUUACUUAUACAAAAUAAUAAGAGCACCACCUUUAUCCACCAAUUGAAUAAUAACCUCAUUGUCAUAUUUUUUCAUAUGUUUUAUUACAAGUCUUUACGAGUCAGAUUAUUUUUUUCUUUGUAUUAUUGCUUGUUUUUGUUCAGAGUUCGAAUAAAUCCCUUCCUCUAAAAAAAAUAUUUAUUCUUCACGACAAAUAACCAUGAACAAUUCAUAGUAACGUAGUUUGUAAGGUUGAAAAAAGACAAGAGUCCAUUGAGUUCAACCUUAAACCCUACUGUGAUGAUCCAGAGGAAGGAAAAAAAAAAAACAUGAGGCUGAUGCCAAUUGCCCCAUGAGAGAGGAAAAAUUCCUUCCCGACCUCAAUAUGGCGAUCAAAAUAAACCCCUUGAUCAAUGUUCUAUCUUCAUAAAUCUAGUAUCCACAACCUGUCUGGUUUUGCCCAUAGGAACCAAUCACAGCUCAACUUUCACUCUACCAGAGUUCGAUAAGAUAUGAAAGCUGAGCUGUGAUUGGUUUAUACCAGACAGUUUUCUACUAGUGCCAUGGGCAUCAGCAUUACUAACAAGUAUAGUGAGUUUCUCCAUGCCAAAAAGCUUUGCAGAUAGUAAGUCAAAAUUACACUUUGGAGCAAAAGUUAAGCUGUUUGCAAGCUCUGACAUUUGGUCCUCAAUUUUGGCAAAUAAAUUUAAUACUGGUAAAAUUCCUAAUUCUUGUUAAGGCAAGGGAACCAAAAAGUUGUGUCUGUGCUUCCUCCCUGCCCUGGUUUGCUACCCUGGAUAACUUACAAAAUGGCUGAGAAAAAGGUACAUAACUCACCUCCAAAUUCAGUCAUUUUGGAAGCUGUAUCUGAGGGGUACACUUAUGUUCACAUGUGAUAGAACUUUUCAAAAUGAAACCAGGAAGUCUAUUGGAUAUUCCAACUGGAACCUGGAACCCUUGGGGUAUGAAUCAUAGACAGGAUUUAAAGAAUCAUUAUUAAUUGGUAAUAUUUAUCAUGAUUUUUAGACAUUUGUGUCUUAUUUAUUUUGAUUAUUUUAUUUAAAGUAUGCUUUAAUAUAUGACAC